UUAUUCAGAUUUUCCAUUGUCCCCCUCAAUUGAAUAUCUCGACCAAGUCAACGAACAUGGCGUCCACCGAACAGCUCAAUAUAUCCAACCUUUUCUCGCUCAAGGGCCAUGUCUGUCUAGUAACGGGUGGAGGAACGGGCAUUGGCUUGAUGGCCACCCAGGCUCUCGCAGCUAAUGGAGCCAAGGUCUACAUCACCGGUCGACGCAAAGAAGUCCUCGAAAACGCCGCCAAAACCCACACACCAAAGUCUUCCGACAAGACUCUGAAUGGUGAAAUUAUUCCCGUGGGCCCGUGCGACGUGACUUCCAAGGCCGACCUUGAGAAGCUCACCAAGGAAAUCGAGUCCCGAGAGAAAUAUCUUUCCCUCGUCAUUGCCGCGGCUGGCGUCUCCGGUCCAAAGGGCUUCCCCGACACCAGCGAUGCAGAACAGAUGAAGAAAAACCUGUGGGAAGAGGCCGUCGACGACUGGAAUGCGACGUACAACACGAACGUCACUAGCGUUUUCUUCUCCGUCGUGUCGUUCCUGCCACUCCUCCAGCGCGCUCCGGAACACCUGACAAGCAGUGUGAUCGUGAUCAGCAGUAUGUCCGGCAUGAUGCGGGAUUCGCAGGCACAUUUCAGCUACAAUGCUGCGAAAGCCGCGACGGCACACUUGUCCAGGAUGAUGAGUAAAGAGUUUGCCAAGACGGGCAUCAGGGUGAACAGUAUCGCUCCGGGUUACUUCCCGAGCGAGAUGACCAUGAAAGAAAGCGACGAGAAUAAUAAGGCACACAUGCCAGACGAGAAGGUCAAGGACAAGGGCCAUGCAGUACCAGCAGGGCGUGCAGGCAGCGAUGAAGAGAUGGCCAUGGGUGUUAUUUUCCUGGCGAGGUGUGGCUAUGUGAAUGGGGAGGUGUUGAAGUUGGAUGGCGGUGUCAUGAACGAGGUUGGUGGUGGUUGAUGUGGAACCUAGAGAUUUCAUUGUGUGGGAACAUGGAAGGAAAAUGUACUUGUGAAUGCAUGGCUGGCGUUCCUAGGCAGAUAUGGACAUCAUCCGAGAACGAAUUCUGAUGUUAUCUC